AUGCUAUGGAAGCGAACACGUAGACCGGCGCGUAUUGACGAUCAGCUCAGACAGUAUCUACAGUCAACGCAGGAUGAAGGUGACGAAUCGGAGUAUGGGGAGUUCAUGGAUGGUAAUGUAUUGAUGGUUGACCAACUUUGGCUUUGGAUUGUUGAUUCCAAGACGGUUGUUACCUUCUUUCCAAAUCAGGAGGCCACUACUUCCGAAGGGAAGUUGUUUGAGCAGUCGAAUCUUCAUAGUAGUAUAUACAAUGAGUUGAACGGAGAUUUGGCUAGGAGAUUUGAGACGGCUGGUGAUUUAGCGGCGCUGAUCAUGUUGCAUGCUGUUACUGUUCUUUUGGAUAAGACUUUGCAUCAUGACUUGCAGGUUUUGAGGAUCUUUGAGGAGUCGAUCAGUAUUCUGACUGAGUCGGUCACGAAAUCCUUCAAGCGCUUCCGUAAUCGAGGAUUCACUAAUCGUCCGGCGGACCAUGAUCGCACUAAAGAUGGAAAGAUCAUGACUGCUGCUCAACGAGACUACCGGGAGCGCCAAGUUGCGAGGAGAAAUCGUGAAGAUUUGUCGGUUCUACUUGAGCUACGAGAUAUUGAGGAUGAGCUGUCUACAAUACUCAAGCUACUUGAUCAGCAAGACACGGUAAUCAAAAGCAUGACCAAGUACUUUGACAGCAGAGGAUACGGCAAAGUCUUCCUCGAUACAGCCCAAGCCCGAAUCGACGAAUAUCGUUCUCAGAUUACCGAGAUGAAAGAGAACAGUCAUCUCGCACAGAAAGCAGUCGAAACGCUCCUUGAUCUCAAGCAAAAACAGGCAAACGUCGACGAAGCCAAAAUGGCCCGAUGGCAAGCCGAAGUGACGCAAACCCAGUCGCGAGCAGUAAUGGUAUUUACCAUUUUCUCAGUCGUGUUUCUCCCACUAUCAUUCUUCACAUCCCUCUUCGGCAUAAAUGCCCGAGAAUGGAGCGGCGAGGCUACAAACCCGACUCUGGGCCAGAUGUUCGAGAUAGCCGCACCAUCCUCCUUUGCAAUCAUUUUCCUCUCUUUGCUCCUGGCAUUCAGUGAAAAGCUUCGCGAAGCUGUCACCAAGUCGCAUAAGAUCGGCAUUGGUCUUAUCAAGGAGUUUAUCCUGCACCCUGCGAAAACAACCUUGCGUUGGGAGAUGAUUACGCAUAGAAUGCCUGACAUGGUCGUUCCUGAGAACUCGAGUCUGCGGAAGCGGUUUGAUGAUUACCUAGGCUAUGGACAAAGGAACAUGCAGCUUGAUGAGGAUAUUUGGCAGAGAUGGCAAGAGGAUCGGCAUGGUAUCGGGUCUGGAGCGCUUCGAGAGGGGGCUUGGAUGGGUAAUGGAAAGAAGAAGGUGGCGCAUCAGCAUAGUAGAAGGGCUGGUGAAGUUUGA